AUGACUGGUCGGGUAGUUACGAUGACUCCCAGGACUAUUGGCAAUGUUAAGACUAUACAAAUAGUUCGUGACAAAAGUCCUGACCCUUCGCAUGUUUAUCAUAAGGGAGCUGGCGUCCAUAGCGGAAUUAUAAUUAACAAAGAAAACGUAAAUGCAACAGAUGACUCUGGAACCCAAGAAAUGCAGCUGGAGUUUACCUGUUUGAUGUAUAAUAGUCGAACUGAAGAGGGUCAUGCAACAUAUUUUCAGGAAAAUCGUCGUCUCAAGUUUUGGUUUAUCGAAGGCACUGACCACAACAGCAAAUUGAGUGACUCCUAUGAAUUUUUUAAAGAUUUGGUCAAUCAAGAGACUUUUCCUAAAGAUUAUGUCGGAUUCAUUAAACGAAUGAUGAAGCUUCUUCAGAGUGAUAACUACUCAAAUCUUAGAAGGGUCGAUCUGGAUAUUGUUCCUCUUGAACCGUGUUCUCAGGAUGCCUUCGUUCCUGAAGUUAAUCAAAGGCCUGUGGAACUUGUAGUCCGUGAAGGUUUGCUGCGAACUCUGGAAGAUGCUUACCCUAAUGUACUCUCCAUGGAUGAUCUCAUUCGCCUCACCAAUCUUGAUGACAAGGCUCUGUUGAUGAAGCAACUGAAGGAAUUGGAGGACACCAACUUCAUUCAGCCAGUUUUCAUUGAGAAUGGCCCCGAGAAGAAAAUUGGCUAUCGUCGUAGACUCGAUGUCUUUCACAAAGUUGAGGUUAUUGCCGGUGCUGAUAAACUGAAAUCCCUCUCAGAUGAGCAGAAACCUACAGUGGCUAUUAUCACGAAUCUUCUUUGCGAAAAGCUAGCGGUGGACUCCUUGAUAGAACGGAAGACAACCUAUAUUAGAUACAAAACGGAAGGUGACUCCAAUGUCUACACUAUCGGUUACAUUGGCUCCGUAAAGGUGAUCUCCGUGAAACUCCCCAUGGUCGGUUGGGAAUUACAGGCGAAAAUCUCCUCUGGGAGCAUUACCACCCGGUUACUUGGAACUUUUCAAUCGAUCCAGCAUGUGAUUCUGUCAGGCGUUGGCGGCGGAGUUCCACAUGUCUACGAGUUUGAGAAGCACUCUCGACUUGGUGAUAUAGUUGUUUCAGCACCUGGCGUUGCCUCUUCACGUGGUAGACCUCAGCCCUGGUAUAUCUUUUGUGAGAAUGUCGACGAGGUGAUGAAUGGCCAUCAAGAGAAUGGAGGCGAUCUGAACUUUACCAGUAAAAAGUUCAGCCCCAAGGACUCAGUUCUGCUCAAAUGUGCCCAGGCACUCAUAGAAGCAGGGUCCUCUUCAUGGCAUCCCAUCAUUAAGGAGGGACUUCAAAAUCUUAAAGAUCAUGAAUUCGAUUAUGAACGACCACCGGCAGAAUAUGAUAAACUUAAGAUUCAGAUUGGUGAAGAGAUGGUUGUGGAUGUAAAGCAUCCAGAGCCACCAUCUGGCGAGAUGCCAGUCCCUCCACUGGUUCGUCUUGGCUGCAUUGGAUCCGGUCACUCCGUCACUCAAAGCCCAAGCCUACGCGAAGUUUACGCUCUCAAUCAGGAUCUCUUGGCCUAUGACGCUGAAUUCGAUCAGGUAAUCGAAUCUCUUAUGGGCAACGCCAUCGACUCCUUCUUGAUUGUCCGUGGAAUUGCUGACUAUGCUGAGGGACGUCAAGGAACAGAACCUGGAUCGGCUGGAACUAUCUGGCAACCCUACUCUGCUCUUUCUGCAGCUGCAUUCACUCGAGCUCUCAUUCUCAAAUUACAGUCGAUGUAG